CUUCUCGAUGCUGUCCCGCAGAGCUUUUUGUUUGUCUUGUAGCUUUAACUCUACUUGAGUUGGGUAAGUGUUCACUGACAGGUCCGUUGACACGGUCAAAGUCAUCCUUCGUUUUCAGCUCUGUUCCCGUCAGCCACAAGCUUUCUAGGAUUUCCAGAAACUAAAGUCAAUUCGAGGACCUCAGUUGAGUUUUAGCUGGAUUUCGAAUAUGUCAAGCAACCAGAUGCCUUCUGUUGACUCGGAUCCUCCCAAAUUCCAUCGCCUGUUUAAGUUUUAUGACCCAGAAGUUGUGGCACUUAUGGCAAUAUUACUAGGUUUGUUCCAGCUCCUCCUGACUAUACCAACCUACAGCAUCAGUAUUGAUAUAAAAUAUUUGUUUGUGUGCCCCCUCUGUGUUGGUUCUGUGUCUGUGAUUGCUGGAUCAUUUGGCAUGGCAUCUGAGAGAACUCCUAAGAGAGAACUGUUAAAAAACAGUAUGAUCUCUGGUCUUGCUUGCCUGGUGGGGACACUGAUUGGACUUGUUGUGUAUGGUUAUGCUGCAAAUACCACUCUGGACUUCCCUCAUUGCACAUCUGAAUCCCAUGAACACUUAAUUUGUCCACAAACAAUCUUUCAAGGUUUUUACAAAGCGAUCUCUGGGCAGCUGUUGUUUUAUAAUAUUGCAGCUCUGUUUAUUCAUUGUUUCUUAUCAUUUUCUGCAUUUAAAGGACUUAGAAUACAUUGAAAUCACUUUUUUUCAUACAACACAUAUUCUUUUUUAGGCACAGAUUUUUAUAAACAUGUAACCCAUUAUAUUUUAUAUGUGACCAUGGACCACAAAACCAGUCGUAAGGGUCAAUUUUUAUUGACUGACAUAUACCUAUUUGAAAAUCUGGAAUCUGAGAGUAAAAAAAAUCAAAAUAUUUAGAAAAUCACCUUUAAAGUUCAAAUAAAGUUCUUUGCAAUGCAUAUUACUAAUCAAAAAUUAAGUUUUGAUAUAUUUACGAUAGGAAAUUUACUUAAAAAGGAAAUUUACUUGAAAAUAUCUUAAUGGAACAUGAUCUUUACUUAAUAUACUAAUGAUUUUUGGCAUAAAAGAAAAAGAAGAUAAUUUUGACCCAUGCAAUGUAUUAUUGGCUAUUGCUACAAAUAUACCCAUGCUGCUUAUGACUGGUUUUGUGGUCCAGGGUCACAUAUAGCAUUUUGUCUCUAAAUCAUUAUGACUGCUAUUGUUUUUCUAUCCUUAUAUUUUUUUUUAAAAAAAUGUGAAUUUGAGAAACUGGAGACAUUAACUU